AACUGUAAAAGAUAACGACCGGUGAGAGAGAUGGAUGACUCCUUUGAGAGCUGAGAGAAGAGAAGGCAUCAUCCAUAAAUAAAAAGAGCUUUUCUUUUUAUUUGCUUAUAUUUAUUCUCUCAUUCUUCUUCCCAUAUAUAUAUAUAUAUUCCAUUUUCACGGUUUCUUUCGAUUCUUUCUUCACUGAUUGUGUUGUGUUUACCUGUGGGGAAAUUAAAAGCUCUCUAACUAGCUCUCGCUAUUUGCUGUGAGAUCGCCCGAAGUAAAGUGGGUGUCGGGGGAACAAGUUGCAAAGCUUUGAUGUUAUGAGGAGCGUUAAUAAUAGUGUUGAUACUGUUACCGCCGCUGCUUCCGCCAUCGUCUCCGCCGACUCUCGUCUUCAACAACCCUCCUCCUCCCUCCUCCAUAAGAAAAAAUGGGGAAGCUGGUGGAGUUUGUAUUGGUGUUUUGGAUCCAAGAAGAACAAUAAGCGGAUAGGGCACGCGGUGCUUGCACCUGAACCGGCUGCAUCCGGAGUAGCGGUGGCUCCGGUCCAAAACUCUUCUAGCAGCAAUUCAACUUCAAUAUUCAUGCCUUUUAUUGCUCCUCCUUCGUCUCCUGCAUCUUUUCUCCCAUCAGGCCCUCCAUCUGUCUCACAUACUCCCGAUCCUUGUCGUCUACGUUGUUCCCUACUCGUCAAUGAACCCCCUUCAGCCUUUGCUAUUGGACCUUACGCUCACGAGACUCAACCCGUUACUCCUCCUGUCUUCUCUGCUUUCACUACUGAACCAUCCACCGCGCCUUUCACCCCACCCCCUGAAUCUCCUUCUUCUCCUGAAGUGCCUUUUGCUCAGUUACUUACGUCUUCUCUUGAACGGGCUAGGAGGAACAGUAGCGGGGGAAUGAAUCACAAGUUUUCAGCUGCGCACUACGAGUUUAAGUCUCAUCAAGUGUAUCCUGGAAGUCCAGGAGGUAAUCUCAUCUCCCCUGGUUCUGGUACAUCUUCUCCUUACCCAGGGAAAUGCUCCAUCAUUGAGUUUCGUAUCGGUGAACCUCCAAAGUUUCUCGGUUUUGAGCACUUCACUGCGCGUAAAUGGGGAUCAAGAUUCGGUUCUGGAUCCAUCACACCAGCUGGUCAAGGUUCAAGGUUGGGUUCAGGUGCUCUAACUCCUGAUGGUGGUGGAGGAAUGGGCUCAAAGAUUGCUUCUGGUGCUCUCACGCCACUUGAAGACAGCCUUUUGGAUAGUCAGGUCUCUGAGGUUGCGUCUUUAGCCAAUUCAGACCACGGGUCGUCAAGGCAUAAUGAUGAAGCUGUCGUGGUUGCUCACAGAGUCUCUUUCGAGUUGACUGGUGAAGAUGUUGCACGUUGUCUUGCAAGCAAGCUUAACCGAUCCGGUUCACAUGAAAGAGCGAGCGGGGAACACUUGAGACCAAACGGUUGUAAAACGUCGGGAGAAACAGAGAGCGAACAGAGUCAGAAACUAAGAUCGUUUUCGUUAGGCUCAAGCAAAGAGUUCAAGUUUGAUAACACUGAAGAAGAGACGAUAGAGAAAGUUAGGUCGGAGUGGUGGGCCAAUGAGAAGGUCGCCGGAAAAGGUGAUCAUAGUCCAGCAAACAGCUGGACUUUCUUUCCGGUGUUACGGUCGUCUGGAUUCACUUGACAUAUUUACCAAAAAAAUGUCCUUAAUCUUCUUCAUUACCUCUAACAUGGGAAGCAAAUUCACUGAUAUGGUAAGAGAUUGGGGUCUAACAACUAUACAUAUAUAUUUAGCUUUUCAUUGUAGAUGUCUUUGCUCUCUUUGUACUGAUAAUCUUAUAAAAUAGUCUUAACUCUUUA